AUGAGCGUCACUGUUCUUGCCCCUACCCCUGCCCUUCCCCCUGUCAGAAAGUCCUCGAUGUGGGGAAAGAUGUUCGGCAACUACAAGAUGGGCAACGAGGUUGUGCCCAUGGAGGACUCUGGCAUGCUUAGCCCUUCCGUACCCAUCCAGAAGAUGAGAAUGGCCUCGGUCUCCACCGGAGUCGACCAGAAGGGCGCCACUUACAACCGCAAGGCAUCGACCGUCUCUCAAAUGACCAAGGACACUCGUAGCUGCUCUGAAGGUUCGCCCUCCAAGAACCGCGCAUUCAGCAUUUCCAGCCGUCGCUCUUCCAAGAACAGCAUCAGAAGCUGGUUCAAAAGUGCCAACCCUGAGACUGAUGCCGGUGUCCCUGCUGUCCCUACCAUCGACCGCAAAUACUCGACCUUCUCCCUCUUCAGCAGCCACAACCCCGACAGCGAUUCGGUCGACGGUCUUUCCNCCACUGCUUCUCCCACUGCUUCUCGCCGUCCCAGCUACGUUCCUCGCAACGCUGCUUCCAGUUUCCUCAAGACCACUACUCCUCUCAGCGCCGAUGAGAAGGCCGAGGUCUGCCGCAGAGCAAGUGUUGCCGAACAGCUCCCUGCUUCCAACAUCUCCGUGAAGGCCAGAUCUGUCUCGUCUCCCAGAGCCAACAAGCCUGCUCCUCUUCUCUUCACUACUCCUGCCGCCCACGGUCUCCACAGCAUGGAGGGUGCCUGCGACAUUGACGACUCUGCCAGCCUUAUCUCUCCCCGCGGUGGUACCUUCUCUGUUGUAUCCGCUCCUCGCUCACCCACCGACACCAUCAUGGAAGACCCAAUCGAGAACCAAGUCGACUCGGCAAAAGCCAGUCCUGAGCUCAACCCUACCAAGAAUGAUGUCGCCGUUUCCGUUGCUGAGUUGACAUGCUAA